CGGCUGAUGAGUCGGUUCCUGCUCGGUGCCCGCCUGCGCCGCGGAGAGUCCUCGCCUCCCUUGGCGGCUGCGGUUCCUAUAGGGACGGAGGGGAGCGCGGCCUGCUGCCGGCGGAGCCGCCUCAGGGGCUGAGCCCCUGGCACCAGGUAAUUAUUUCAAGAUGCCUGGGGGUUCAGUGAUUUCGUUCAACUGUGUGGAUUCUUCUCUAUCGUCUCUGAAAAACUGCCAGUCAUACAUAAACACUGGGAUGGAUAUUGCUACUAAUGUUGCUCUUGACCUUGUGGAAAAUUGCAAUGAUGUAGAGGAGGUUAACAGUAUGGAGAGUGUGAUGCUAGAAUAUGCUGCAAUGGACAGAGAGCUAAACCAUUAUAUGCAAGCAGUUGAAGCUACGGUACAGCAGAUAAAACGAGACAAACCAGAAAAUAUACCAGAUCUAAAAGAUUUAGUAAAAAAAAAAUUCACUGCAUUGGAAAGCAAAAACGAUGACUCAGAUUUGCAAAGAAAUGAAAAAUAUAUACAUUUUAUGGAACAGCUUAAAAGAAUGAGAAAACAGUUUGGUCCCCGGUCAAAUACUGAUGCAAAUGAGUCCAUUGAACAAAUAGAUGAAGAUAUAGCAGUGACUCAAAGUCAGAUUAACUUUAUUUGUCCAAUCACACAGAUGGAAAUGCAAAAGCCAGUUCGAAAUAAAGUCUGUGGCCAUACCUACGAAGAAGAAGCCAUUCUAAAAAUUAUACAGCGUCGAGAAAAUCAAAAGAAAAAGGCAUGCUUUCUCCUGGGUCAACUCCUCAGAUGUGGUUAAAGGUCUCGAGAGUCUCCUCAUGUCCAGAUUUCACAAUAAAAUGUUUGACUUGUAAAUACUGAAAACACGAGACCUUUGUAUUUACAUUAUUGCCUACCUCUUGGUGUGACUUCAGAUCAGGACCCAGAAACAGCUGUCCGAAUUGAGAAAUCUCAGCACUUACUGACAAUGAAUGGUCUCUUUGAUAUUUCCUAGGGCUAAAUUCCUGAUAGAAAAUGCUACAUUAAUUAACAAACUUUUGAGUACUUGACCUGCAACCUUUAAUGUAGGGGUAUUUUUGAUGUAAUCAUAUGGUAUGUUAGAAGUACACAUGACAACAAUAACAAGGGUUUGCUCUAACUACAUUUAGAAAGGUCACUUAGGCACGCUACAUGUAACUCUUAAGUUCUGCGUAGAUCUGUCUGUUUAAAAUGAGCUGAGUUGAUGUGUAAUUAACAUUUGUUCUGGAAAUACAGAAUCGGUUUUUGAAAUACCACAACCUGCUAGGUCUAUAGAAAGCAUUCAGACCUACUCUCUCAAGCUCCCAGCUGGAGUAAACCAUUUUCUGUUGUGCUGCUACAUGAUUGCAUUCUUCACAGUGGUGUUCCAUUGGGAGCAAACAUUCCU